AUGGCUUCCAGCGCCACCAAUGGCACCAACGGCCACAGCGCCACCAAUGGCAACAACAGCAAAUUCGACCCAAACUUCACACAACAUGUCAUCGACCUGAUGAGCCCAGAGACACAGCCCAGGCACAGGGAGAUCCUGUCGUCGCUGAUCCGGCAUCUGCACGACUUCUGCAGGGACGUUGAGCUGAAGCAGGACGAGUGGAUCAUCGGAGUCAAUUACGUAAACGCCAUCGGCCAGGCCUACAAGAAGAACCGCAACGAGGCAUGGCGCGUGUGCGACAUCCUCGGCGUUGAAUCACUCGUCGACGAGAUCAACCACAAGAUCUCGGCCGCCAAUGGCGCCGAGCCCACAUCAUCCACCAUCCUCGGGCCCUUCUGGUCGCCCGAGACGCCCUUCCGGGAGAACGGCGCCAGCGUAGUCCAGAACAUGCCCCCGGAUGGGCAGCUCACCUUCUUCCACGGCGUCAUCAAGGACGCCGAGACGGGCAAGGGCAUCCCCAACGCCGUCUUCGACAUGUGGCAGGCCAGCACGAACGGCAAAUACGACGUCUUUGACCCUGAGAACCAAACCCGACACAACCUCCGCGGCAAGUUCCGCACCGACGCAGACGGCAAGUUCUGGUUCUACUGCCUCAAGCCGACCGAGUACGCCAUCGACACGUCGGGCCCCUCGGCCGAGCUCCUCCGCAUCAUGGGCCGCCACCCCUACCGGCCCGCGCACAUCCACAUGAUGGUCACGCACGACGACUACGUCGGCGUCACCGCCCAGCUGUACCCCAGCGACGACCAGUACCUCGAGACCGACACCGCCUGCGCCGUCAAGCCCGACCUGCUGCUCUACUUCAACCCCGUCAAGGACGAGAAGAACGGCGCCGUGCUGGACGUCGAGUACGACGUGCGCCUGGUGUCCAAGAAGUACAAGCCGGAUAACACCAUGUUGAUGCAGAAUGCGAACCAGAACAAGUUCUAA